AUGCAGAGGCUUGGUGCAGUGCACUCCUCAGCGGCGCAGGCUCUCAGCCUCGUGGUCUUAGUGCUGCAGCUGCUGACUCAGCUACCGGGUGCCGACUCAGCUCUCCGGUACCGGGUGGCGGAAGAGGGCCCACCUGACGUCAAGAUCGGAAAUGUAGCCGCUGACCUGGGCCUCACGGCAGGUACAGGGAGCGGGGACGUCACCUUCGCCCUGGAGAGUGGGUCAGAGUUCUUCAAGAUUGACAACGUGACAGGUGAGCUGACAACAGGGCCGAGGCGCAUCGACAGAGAGAAGCUCCCACAGUGUCAGAUGAUCUUUGAUGAAAAUGAGUGCUUCUUGGACUUUGAGGUGUCAGUGAUAGGGCCGUUGCAGAGCUGGGUAGACCUGUUUGAAGGCCGUGUUGUCAUAACAGACAUCAAUGACAACACACCCUCCUUCCCCUCACCUGUGCUCCAGCUGUCAGUGGAGGAGAAUCGCCCCAUAGGAACCCUCUACCUGCUGCCCACAGCUACAGACAGAGAUUUUGGGCGAAAUGGCAUAGACCGCUAUGAGUUGAUCCAAGAUGGCGCGGCUGGGUCGAGUUCAACUAGACGCACAGCGGGAGGAAACCCCAUUACCAGAGUGGAUGGCCUUGGGGAGCGUAGGGGUAGAAGUGGAGAUAGUGGAGGAGGAGCUAGAAGCACUGUGUUUGAACUGCAAGUCGCAGAUAUACCAGAUGGUGAAAAGCAACCUCAGCUUAUUGUGAAGGGCACAUUGGAUCGUGAGCAAAAAGACUCAUAUGAGCUUGUCCUCAGGGUUCGAGAUGGAGGGAACCCACCGCGUUCCUCCCAAGCCCUCCUACGUGUUUCAAUCACCGAUGUUAAUGACAACAGCCCACAGUUCGAGAGGUCAACAUACGAGGCAGAAAUGGCAGAAAAUGCGCCGCCAGGCACUCCUGUCCUUCAGGUUAGAGCCUCAGACCGUGAUAUCGGAGUCAACGGGCAGGUGGAGUACGUCUUUGGAGCUGCCACUGAAUCUGUGAGGCGACUUUUGCGCCUAGAUGAGGCAACCGGAUGGCUUAGUGUUCUUCACAGGAUUGACAGAGAAGAGGUUGCUCAGCUGAGGUUUACAGUAACAGCCAGAGACCGAGGUCAGCCACCCCGCACUGACCGAACCACAGUAGUUUUGGCUGUCCGCGAUGAAAAUGACAAUGUUCCAGUGGUAGAGAUCAGAAAGAUUGGUCGGAUCCCUGUCCGGGACGGGGCAGCCUUGGUACCUGAGAAUGUUCUGGUGGACACACCUGUAGCUCUGGUGCAGGUGUCCGACCGAGACCAGGGAGAGAACGGGGCUGUGACGUGCACAGUUGUAGGAGACGUUCCAUUCACAUUGAAGCCAGCAGGGGAAACUGCUCUCCCACCUCUACCUGCAGAUGAAGCCUUUGACAGGUAAGCCAAACCACAGGUGAGCCAUUACAGUGGAAGGAACUACAGAGGAAGAAAAAGUGCCUGAUUAACUUUAAUAAUCUUAAUGCACACAGGUAGUUACUUGAACUCAGAGGGUGAAAUUCUGUAAGUGGGAUAAUGCACAACUUACCUUAAAGUACCCAUGAAAUAAUGAUGCAUUUUAAUAAGAGCCCAAUAUAUGCACCAUUUUACCUGAGGGGGGUCAACAUGUUCAAUUUUGUUCAUAAUAGGCAGAUAGAAUUAGAACAAGUAUAAUGAAGCACCAGUUUUAAAAUUACAUUGAACAGUUCAUUUAAAACUGGUUAUAAUUCAUUAGGAAAAUUAGCAUAAUUGCAGGACACAUGUUAAUUAACAUGUCAUUUAGCAAUCUGCUUUUUAAUUAUAUACUCUACAGGCCUUGAUCCAGAGUUAUUCAGGAAGUGUCUCUACAUAGCGUGAUUUCAGGUGUGAAACAUAACACUGCAUCAACACAAUAAGGUCUUAUUAUUAGGGGUUGAUGCUGUCUUUAUCAUAUAUGCUUUCUAAUCUUGACUGCAGUAUGCAGCGUUUAUGAGCCUCACCCACACUUCUGCUCCAGGAGGUGUUUUUCUCUAAUCUGAAUUCCCAGAACAGAGUUCAGAAAGAGUUUCAUUGAAGGCAGACUUCAUUUAGGCUUUGUUUUGUACUGCCAGUCACUCACAAAGGCUACAAUAGUCAGAAUGUCAAAUAUCUGUUAACUUUGAGUGUGUUGUUCAUUAAAUUCAAAGGUUUGGGACUUUUUAGCUAUAUUAUUCCUGCAGCAAAGGCUCCAAAUGUCAGUGCUCUCCAGAGAGAGUGAAGAUAUUUCCUGGAGCUAUUGAAAGGAGAGAAAGAGAGAGGGGCACUGUGCUCCUGCUUAUGAAGCCUGUAGGAUGAGGUUGUUUAUGAUAUUGAUUGUUGGGCUGUGCUUGACUAAAGAAUAUUCUUAAUCAAAGUAACGAUCAUCAGGUCUUCAGUGAAUCAAUUAGUUCAUUUAAUUAAAAAAAAUCUGUCACAGUUUUUCCAUCAUUGAUGUCUGCAGUUUGCCACAGUUCAGCAGGAGGGUUUCUUAAAACCUUGAGUGCUCCACAUGGCAAAACAUUUCAACCACAGUUAAUUGACAGAAAGUUGUUUACCAGAUAUUUUUCACAAGCAUUUCAGUAAUUUUUUUUUAAAGAAAAGCUCUGUUUAGUUUCUGAAGCCAGCUUUUCAUUGUGAGCAUUUUGCUGAUUUUCUUUGGCCCUGAUACUUCUGGCAGUGAUGGGCGUCUUGGGUGUACUCUAUUCAUAAGAAUGUAUAUUGCCAGUUGCUAAGGCUUUUUGGUGUUGUUUCAUGCUUUGAUAUGAUGCUGUGCUGGAUUGCCUACCAAUCUCUGAUUAUGCAGAUGACGUCAGUUGAGUAGGCAGGCCAUAAAUUUGCCAAGGACACUUUCAUGUAAUCAUUGUCAAUAAUUGUCAUUGAAUAAGACAAAACAACAAAGACCAACUCUGAAGUUGGUCUUUGUUUUAUAUCACAGUAGGUCCUGGGUUUCCUUUGAAAUAACUCCAAUCAUCAUCAUGUUUUUGGGCUGAUUUUUUGUUUUUUGGACAACAUUCCUCACUCUUACAUUUCUCAUGACUUGAGGAAUGUAUCUAAGAAAUUCAUUUUUACUUACUGUUUUUUGUUAGUCAUAAAAAAAACACUCAAAUUAUCAACACAUUGACUUCUGGCAAAAGCUGAUGAGUCAGAAAAUUCACAUCAAGAGAGCAGCACUACAACUUAUGAGAAAGUACCCGUGUUAUUUCUCCAAAGAGUAGCUUCUGCCUUCAAAGAAUUUAUCAAAUUUCUUUAUUUUCACAGGAACAAGAAAAAAUACUUCCUGCAUACUUCUGCCUUGCUGGAUUACGAGGUCACCAAAGAGUACAGUGUCACCAUCGUGGCUGUAGAUUCUGGUAGUCCCAGUCUGUCCAGCAACAGCUCACUGAUGGUGCGAGUAGUAGACAUCAAUGAUCACGCUCCAACCUUCGCCCAGAGCGUCGUGGAAGUCCACUUUGCUGAGAACAACUCGCCAGGCGAACGAGUGGUCACUGUGGUGGCCACAGACGCUGACAGUGGCAAGAAUGCUGAGAUUGCUUACUCCCUGGAUUCAUCGCCAAAUGGGCCGUUUUACAUUGAUGCAGAUAACGGGGAUAUCCGUGCCACUGGGGUACUGGACCGUGAGCAGCGAGAGAGAUAUGAGCUACGGGUUAUUGCCAAGGACAAAGGUACCCCAUCCUUGCAAGGUUCUGCCACUGUUGUGGUUCAAGUGACCGACCGCAAUGACAACGCACCAAAGUUUGUUCAGGAAAUCUUUACUUUCUAUGUGAAGGAGAACUUGCUCGCCAACAGCCCAGUUGGCAUGGUCACAGUGACUGAUGCUGACGAAGGUGAAAACGCAGAGCUAAGUUUAUUCGUGGAGAUGGAUGGAGCAGAUGAUAAGAAAACAGGAGAGAAGUUAGAUGGAGAGGACAGCCAGAAAGAGAGAGAGGAGGUUUUUUCCAUUGAGAACAACACAGGAACUAUUUUCUCCUCGGCAUCAUUUGAUCGUGAGAAGCUUUCCACCUACACUUUCCGUGUUCGAGCUGUGGACGGAGGGGAGCCUCGCAAAACUGCCACCGCGACUGUUUCACUGUUUGUGACGGAUGAAAACGACAACGCUCCUUCAAUCACCUCUCCAGCCAAUGAGUCCUACACCCUCCUUCCACCUGCCAGCAGUGCUCGCACCAUUGUCAGGACUGUCACAGCCUUGGACUCUGAUGCUGGCCCGAAUGCAGACCUUCGCUAUGCUCUAGUUGGGGGGAACCCCUUCAGACUGUUUGAGAUUGGCCACACUAAUGGAGUGAUCACCCUGGCUGAACCUCUGGAGAGACGCCACAGGGGACUGCAUCGCCUGGUAGUUCGAGUCAACGAUAGUGGGGUCCCCUCACUGUGCGCCACUGCUCUGGUUCACAUCUUCAUCAAUGAGAGCUUGGCCAAUGCCACCCUGGUGGACGCGCAGGUAAUUAUGUUGUGGUUGUUGAAGACACCAAGAAACACACAUCCACGUGUUAGAGUGAUUGUAGGAUCCUCUAUGGCUACGCAGAGUUGGUUAUGAUAACCAAAUAUUACAAAAGUGAUGCUGUCCUUUGAUCAGUUCAAAUAAUGGGCAGUCUGAUAACACAUUACAAAGGCAGAAGAUGAUAAUGACAACUGAGAGUAGCUCUUUAAAUUAAAGCGUUUUUUGAUAAAAUGAGAAAAAUGGGCAAUUCUCGUAGUCUGCAUAAAGUUACAAUUUGCCGCCCAUUUCCAAGGAAGCAUUUGGGUCUGUAUUUGUCCAAGAUAAAGAACCCCAUUUCCCUUUUGACGGCUAUUGGCAACGCCAAAGUCUUUGUAGUUUGGAUGUUCUUUGUCCAGCAUACAUUCUUAUAAUGACUAUGUGGUUGAAAUAACUGCUAUUACUGAAGUGCCUCUUUUAUGGUACAUUAAACUCAGAGCUCAGAGCAUUAUGUGUGUAUGUGUGUGUGUGUGUGACAGAAACAGAGAGAGCAUUAGAAAUGAGUGUGUGAGAGUGGUGUUGAGAGAGAGGAGGGGGGGCCUGUCCCAGUUUUGGCCUUGUACUUUGGACUAGGUUGAAGUAUGUUCAUUUGUGUAGAAGUUGUAUUUUAGUUAAGCAGUGUCUCCUCGGUGAAGGCCUGCAUAUUAAUGAGGUUUAGAAGUUUUCACAGUGACACGCAGAGCACCCUGAGCAGUACUGAAGUAGUCAGACUCAGUAGAUUAAAUGAGAAACCACUGUGAAUUAGAAUGAGUAAUGUUUAUGAUGAGUAAAGGGAAUAAGGAAUACACCCGCUUUAAUGAAUACGACUGUGUGGUUGUCUUGACCUGAGGACCUCACAGUAAGAUUAGAUUGCUUUAAAGAUCCAUACAGAGGUGAAGAGGCAAUUGAGCAGACAUUACGGAGAUACUGAAAUCACUACAACAGCAUGAGUUCAAAUUUAGAUAAUGCUUUAGCUGGUGAAAACCUUUCUCCCCUCUUUGCCCUGAUUGUAUUAAUCAAACAAACUUCCCAUUAUGCUCUAAAAAUGUUCAUCUAUGCUGUAAAUGCUGGCAGGUAAUAAUUACUGAAGCCUUGUCCCUGGUGUGGAGAUCGUAAUUUGUAUUGACUAAUAAUUAAAUGGGCUCAGUUGCCUUGUGGUUGCAGUGUUUGCUCUGACACAGCUUGUGGUUUUAACCCCCACUUGAAACUCAAGUUAGAACAUACUCUCGUAUUUUCUCAGAGGGAAGAAGUCUUAGAUUGUCAGUUCUCUGCAUGUAACACGACGUUAACCCCAAAAUAAGCUCUAAGACGUUUCAGAGGGAAGGAACAGUCAGGCAGAUAAGACGCACAAGUCUCCAAAACAUUUCAAAGCCGUGAUUUUCUUGGUACCCUGAAAUACUGAUUGUGAUCUUUGAGGGACAGCUUACAAUGCAGAUGCGUGCCGAAAGUGCUGCUCUACUUCUCUAAACUGGGUACGUUUUCAUUUUGUUGUGCUUUCCUUGCUGUUUCAACUCUUCAAACCACCUGGGGAAGAUAUGAGAUUUCCAAGUGAUAAUAUAAACUGCAGCUGAGUCUUCAUUUUUUGAAAUUAUGUUACUGUAUAGCUAUUUCAGAAAGUGGCACAACAACUAUAAUAACAGAGUACUUUGUUUCUCAUUUUAGCUCUCUGUAUCCUUAUUCUAUCCUUGUUCAAACAGGACAUAUAUAUAUAUAUAUAUAUCCUUUACAAAGGCAACUUCAUAGUCAUGACUAACUUGCAGAACACAAAAAUCUGUGUUUAAAGGUCCUUUUUUUAUAACCAAAGAAAAUUUGGGUAGAAUUCUGACUCUGUCCCCUGAAAGUAGAAUAAAAAGUACAAAUUGAACCAUCAAGAGAGCGAGGACUUGAACAGAACUCUAAGUAAGAGGCUGAACAAUGCCGAUGACAGGUAGCAUUAACUACAAUGUGCCGAAAUGAGCGAGGCCAUUGACUGUAACAAUAGGGUGUAAUAUGUCCAACCGCUAUAAAAGCUAUCUUUGAUUACAAUAUGCAUAGUUUAGCUUGAUAGUAGGCAGGAUCUUGGUGGAGUAAUUGUGUAGAAGUCAUUGAAUAGAAUACCUCCAUCUCAUAAUGAAGUCAAACUGAGUGGUGGAUAGAUGCCAGAUGUAAUUAGGGAAGGAAAACGGCUGCUACUGCUGCAGCACCGCGGCAGAAAAUGACUCCAGUCCUUUCUUUCCAGCAGCACUGGGUGAACCACAUGUUGGGUAAUUAGCUUGGAUGUGAUGCCGCAGAGUUUGAGCUUGAAGAUGUAGUUGUAAUAUUUCUGAUAUAGUUGUCUUUGGAGAAACUUAAUGGUGUUUUGUGUUUUGUCAGGAAAAAAAAAACACUUCAGAAUCAGAAGGAAAUAAAUCAGUGAAAGGUUUUCACGUUGUAUUUCAUCUCUGAUCUAGAGUUUCAGUUCUUCCAAUGUGGUGUUUCCAGCUUUCAAAAUACAUCAGUCAACUCGCUAUUAAUAUAAGAAACAGUCCUUACAAAUGCCACACUGCAGCCUUGUGUUCCCUUGCUAAGCUGUGGAUGCAUUGAUCUGAAACAAAGACCAGGCACUUCAUAGGCUUUGGUAAAUAGUGUGGUCAAGGGAGAACUCCCUUUGCUUGGUCACUGCAUCUGCAUCUGCAGCAGCAUGCAGAUAACAGAAUCCUUAGAGAGUGAAGCAGAUAGAUGGUGGUGUUAAGCUCAGCCGGAACAAAGCUCAUGCAGCAGAAUAGAAGAUUCCUCUGGGAGUUUGGGGAAACGUCAGAGGGAUGCAUUCAAACACAGCGCUAGAGGUGGCUGCUGCACUUAACCAGCCGAACACUUUACCGUUCUGCGUGUACCCACACACACACACACACACACACACACAUACAGUAGAUACAGCUGCAUUUGGACAACUAUACAUAGGAUGUACUCCGGAAGGUACCUCUCCCUCUAAUGUACACACGCACAUUUGAAACUGCACUUUCCUGUGCACCUUGCUGUCGCAUACGCCUGCACGCACAUGCCAAAGCACAAACUCGGGUAUUGCACUGUCAAGUAUAUUGGGCAUAUGGCACUGCAUCUCUACUCUCUGUGCCUGUUUCACACACAAUACAGCAGGCAGCGCAGGGAUGCGCUAAGCCAGGGAGAUGCCCAGCAGAAUGAGAAUGGUAGGGUAUACUGCAGGCUAAAGCAGAACAAUGGGGGCUGAAGGGAGAGCGGAGCCUGGUGGAGAGGCCCCACAGUAGUGGAAGCAGGAUAAUAGAAUAUAACCAACACAACUCUUUUAAAAAACAAUGGAACUUAACCCAGAGACAGAUGGUGAUGAAACAAUGAAAAAUAACACACUACCCUCUUUUGCUCGGGGGCAAUAUGAAGUGAGAGUGAAUGAUGUGGCUCUAUAUGAGUAAUCCUAAUAUUCCUGGGAUAACGUAAUAAGCAAGUGACGCCGUGGAGUUGUCUGUGCAAUACUCUCUGCAGUAUUGCUGAAACUCCCGGCCAUACUGCAGUUAUGCUAUUUGGUUAUUACAAACCAAGGAGGCUCAGAUUUAACUCUUCUCUCUCUCUCACCUUCAAUCCCUGCCUUCUUCCCGUUCAGUCUUGCGAGCCUUAUUACCCGCCCUUCUUUAGGCAGUAGGGAUUACAUGAGUAUAUAAUUUCCAGCCCUGACAGGCCAAAGGAAUUGUGAUUUGAGUUCUGAGACAAGGUGUCAGUGCUGGGAAAUGAGUUUCCAGCUUAAUGGACAUCUUAGACUCUGUGUCAGCUCGUGCAGGUACAUGCAUACAUCAGAGUGUGUUUGAAUAUGUUUUCUGGUAUUCUAUCUUGUCCCUCCCUGCAUACCAACACGCCAGACAUAUUUGUUAUGUAUUGAUUCAAGAUAUUCAGAUUCAUGACCCUGACCCAUAUUGCCAGCAGGGUUCUGCAGAUCAGAACUCCACUGCCUCAUUGUUUCCCAUCAAGCAAGGCUCCAUAACAAGUAAUGGCUGUGUUUGUGUUUGAGCAUAACCCACUUUCUUGUAAUGAUCCUUUUAUUAGCGUACAAGCUCAGAGCAAAUACGUGUGUUUGUUUGUGUGUGUGUCUGUGCAAGUGGGAGAGAGGGUAGCCUCAGGCCUGUGCAUGUGUUCAUAAUGGGAAAUCAUAGUCAUUAGUAUCUUCUAUCUCCAACCCAAAUAUAAAACAUUUCUUAAGUUUAAUACAUAUUUGGAUCAAAAUUCAUUACAAGGGUUUGCAUGGCAUCGAACCACAAUGCUUAACUGAGCAUUAAACCGGAGAUCCCAUGGAGACAAAAAGAAAAUGUCUCUUUAAACCGUUCCAUAAAAAUCACAUAUUUACAGUAGCCUUCUGUCUGUCUGUCCAUCCUAUUGUCUGUACAAAAUGUGAUAGAAAAUCCUUUGCAAAUCCACGCCUACGCUAUCAUUUACAAUAGAGACAUUGUUCAUUGAUGAGACAGUAGAUGUGUUUGAGUUCCGGGGGUGUAGUCAUAGCAUGUCUUGCUUUUUUUUUGUACGUUUUUUGCACAUUUUGAGUGUUUCUCCUACUUUUCCUCUUUAAUCUAACCCUUUCAAGUUUGCUUUUAUUUUUACACAGAGCUCUAAAAUUCUAAGUUCGAGGAAAUCCUGAGCAGGAUUUUCCUGCCCCAGUGCACAGGUAGAGAAUCACAAGCACAACAUGAAAUGCUACGACUGGGAAGAGAGAGCAAUUAUAUAUUUAGUGACACUCAGUGUGCCUGGGAAUCAUGGAGAAGUUCCCCCACUAAAGCACAGUGAUGGGUUUAAUUAAGUUGAAGAUGCUGUUUGAUGUUUCUCUGUGGCUCACACCCACUGUCAUCUUUUACGGCUGCUGCUUUGUACUUUUUCUCAUUAUUUUAUUGCUUCUCUUUCUUUCCUCUUCAUCUUCUCCACUCUCUCACUCCAGGUGGCCCGAAGUCUGAUGGCUCCACUCUCACUAGACAUUGCGGGGGACCCAGACAGCGAGAGAGCACUGGGGAAACAACGCCUCAGUGUAGCUAUUGGCGUCUUGGCGGGAGCUGCGGCGGUUAUCCUGGUCAUCCUCCUCGUAGUCACGGCUCGACAGUGUGGUGCUCAGGGUAAGAACGGCUACGAGGCUGGAAAGAAGGAGCCAGAGGAAGACUUCUUUAGUCCCCCAGGAGCCCAACCACAGGUCAGCCGUGGCAGGGGGUCAGAUCGUGGACGCAAACCUCGUAGGGAUAAACGCAAUGGGAGUGGUGGCGGUCCUAUUGCGGGCGGAGGGAAGUCAGACAGAUCACUCUACAGCGGUAUCGUCACGGUGAAUGGGCUGCGACGCCAUGCCGAUGAUGACGAAGAGGAUUUGAGCAGCGCGAGUGAGCGCCUGGCCGCUCGCUACUGUGUUGUGGACGGUGACCCCGGCAGCCCACGGAUGGGCGGUGGAAGGAGACACCAGUCCAGCCCAGAUCUGGCCAGGCACUACAAAUCCAGUUCGCCUCUCCCUGCUGUGAAUCUACAGCCUCAUUCGCCACCUGCAGAGGGGAAGAAGCACCAGGCGGUCCAGGACCUGCCUCCCUCCAACACCUUUGUGGGCAGCGGGGGCUGUGUGGGGAGUGCCGGUUCCAGCAGCAGCAGUAGUGGGGGUAGUGGAAAUGCCGAUGCCAUGUCCCUUGGAUCUGACCAGUGCUCAGAGUAUGGCUGCCAGACUGGGAACAAGUACAGCAAACAGGUAGGAGCUCUUGGAAGGGUUUGAGGUGACACAAACUGCAAUUCCACCAAAAUUACACACACCCUUCAGUCUACAUUGCUACUCCUAAAGGAGUAAACGGUUCCUCCGGUCAGUUGUUGGAAACUUUUUUUUGUUUUAAAUACACACAGAAAACACAGCAAAAAGUCUGCUGAAUCUUAUGAAAGCUGCUGGUUAUCCUGGUAGACUGCUCUGCCUAAUUUCUUUUGUCCUGAAUGUCCAAAUCGUUCUUUGACAAAGUUGCAGCUCCUUAGCAGGGAGCUUAUAAAGGUCAGAGUAUAAUCCCCAUGACUUUGUCUGCAGCCUGACCGCACAAUGGGAUUUCACUUAGUACCCCCCCUACAGUCCCCAGUGCCUGGGAAACUUCCUGGAGGAAACACAGCUACAGUCUAUAGACCCUCAACUUUUGUGUUAGCUUUGUCUCAUCCUUGUGUGAACUCUCUUCUUUGUCAGCUCUUGCUGGCUUUCUGUCCACACUCUUUCUCCUGAUAUCUGUCUUCCACAACUCCUCUACCCUUUGCCUCAUCACUUUUUCAUUCACACAUCUGCUGACAUACUGUACCCCACACCCCAUUGCUAACGUCUAAACACCUUUUUAUCUCCACAAAAUAGCUGUCAGUGUAUGUGCACACGCCUGCGAGUCCGUGUCAGCAUGCUAAGCCUGUGAGCAGUGUGACAGUACCCUGCUGUCGGAAUGUGUGAGUGCGGCGUGUCAAACAUCAGCCCUCUGUUAAGAAAGAUCUAAUACAGGGGGCAUGAGUCAACCCCCCUGCUGUAGCCGAACAAUAUGUGAAUGUGCAUUUGUGCCAGCAUGCAUGACUGCGUGCAUGUGUGUGUGUGUGUGCUUGAGAGAAAGAGAGACCAUAUGUAUCAACCCCUGAGGAGUUCAGUUGCAGCCAGGAUAAAGAGGGAGUGGGUGAAAACUUGCUUCCAACAGGGUAAUUGGUCAUUUUCUGUUUGUGUUUCUCUUGUCAAGCUGCUUUCACCCAUUUAGCAUAUAUGUUUAUUCCGUAAACAGAUUCAGUUGCAUAGAUAACGGAUGCCCUGGCUUCGGUGUUUGCUUAGGAAGCGCUAGUUAAAAGCUGAAGUCCUGCUGACAAAUAAAUGUUACAUAGAGACGGUCACUCACCCCUCUACUCUCCCCCUGCACACACACACACACACACACACACAUACAAUCUAUCAUGGUCGGCAUACUGACACAGCAGGGUCUCCCUAGUCCACUGGGAGUGCUCCCUAGAGUGACGUUUGAGUGACAGCUAACCCCUCUUAAAGGGGUGGCGUCUCAUUUCAUUGACAGACAGCUCUACAUUUAUCCUCCCCGUGGUGAAAAAGUGCUGAUGUGGUCAUUAAAAGGAAGUAGAGGAGCUUCUUAGGCUAAUCAAUUCAUACAUGGGCUCUCUGAUCCUGCUCAACACUCAUUCACACACACACACACAUUCACUGGCGUGCACACACAGAAACUUGAACACAUCCUCAUAGGCGCACACACUCCAGAGGUUAAUCCAUUAUGAAGUCAAUCCUCUUAAUCUGCCGUUCCCAGGGAAAGAAAAUGCUUACUGGGAGAGUUUGGUCUUCAUGCUUACGUGUACUCAAAACAUGCCAGCAUACGUAGAGGCACAGACACACAAACUGACAGCGUAAUGAAUUAUUGAUUGCUUAGGGUAAUUAACUCCCCUGCUGCAGUCGAGUGUGCCCCCUCCACACCCCAGCCCACACCUAAAAUAUCCAAGAGCUGGUGGUUUUAUACACUGCUGUCUGUGCACGAGUGUGUAAGACCCUGGGUGUUUGUGCGUGACUGCAUUCACGUCGGUGUCAGAAUUUGUUAACGCUAACAGUUUGGCGACACGAGCAGGUUUGUGUUGGUGGGUGUCUGUCACUGUGCUCGAGGGGCUGCUUAUUCCGUGAAGGCAUAUGCAUUUUAUAUGUGAGUGCGAGUGCGAGAUAGACUCAGGGAGUAAUAGGUGGCGAGCAUGUGCCAAAUGUAGGAACUAGGGCGCUAACAGAAUUUGGAAAAGCAUUAGAUCAAGAGUGGGAGAGAAUUAUAGGAGGUUAGGAGGCGAGGAAGAUGGAGUAAACGAGACGGAGGGGAGGGGGGGCUUGAAUUUCAAAGCUACUUUACUGGGUCAGUGAAAACUCUAAAAAGUGUUUAUCUGAAGUCAGCACAUCAUAAGACCAGCUAGUGUGCUCCAAAUAGGAAAUAAAGAAAAAUGAAAGUUAAAAAAAAAGGAAACUGGGCGUCAUGGAUGAAGAGAAAGAUUGCAUCAGAGCUGUAAUAAGAUGAUAAAACAGCACAGUCCGAUGGUGUUGGAUCUUUUUUAAAAUCUAACUUGUUCACACAGUGAGGAAAGACGAGAGAGGAGAGGAAGGAUAUCCAUAUCAAUGGGCAUGAAUGACUACAAAAAUGAAGAGAAAAAAGGGGGGAAAGAGUGAGUAAGAGAGAUGUAUACUCAAGAGAGAAGGGUUGGGAGAUAGAGGUUAGCUGAAGGGGAAACGUUUUGUGCAAGAGAGGGAUGGCAGAAAUACGGAAAAAAAAGGCAGAGAGAGCCAAUUAAGAGUUGGAGAUUAAAUUAGGGGAGAGACAGUCAGAGGGUGCAAGUGUGUGUGUGUGUGUGUGUGUGUGUGUGUGUGUGUGUGUGUGUGUGUGUGUGUGUGUGUGUGUGUGUGUGUGUGUGUGUGUGUGGUAAAAUUCUCUGUUAGGGGUCAUCUAAACUUUUUUAGUGCUAAUAAUGAUGGGCUAUCUGAGUCUAUAAAGAGAAAACUAUCUUAUAGAUAUCUCACUACCACAGAAAUAUUGAUUCAUUCAACCAAAAGAAAUGGAAAUGAUUACAAUUUGGCCAAAGAUAGAAAAACUAUGAAUGAAAACAAUAUAUUCAGUUAAAAAAAAGAGCUUUUUGUGUUUAUCAAUUCUAGUACUGAUUUUUUUACCUUACCUGUGAUAGGAGCCAUACUCAGCUUGGUUGACAUCCUCUAUGUUAUAUGUUAUAGGUUAUAUGUUAUAGGACUCAGUAUCAAGAAGGAAAUAGGUAUCUGAGCUCGGGGCCAACCAAUAUCACAAAAUUGCUAAACUUGAAUUACUAUUUCACCUUCUAAAUGUUGACAGAAAAAUAGUUGGAUAAGUAAGAUGUCACCACAAGGAACCUUGGAUUGUUCAGAUAAAUAAAUAUAAAGUUAAUAGUAGCGUUAAAUUAUAAAAAGAAAGAAAGAAAGAAAGGCUGUCAGAUAGAUAGAUAGAUAGAUAGAUAGAUAGAUAGAUAGAUAGAUAGAUGCUUAUAAAUCCAUUAUUCAUGUGUUUUGCCUUGAAAAGAUGAUGUUGAAAUAGGUCUUGUGAAAGCUGAUGUUGAUGUAAUGGCAAUUAGGUACAAAUGUUGUUAAUUGUUCGGCCAAUGAAUCAUUCCAUCUCUGAUCCGAACAUCUGUCAAUUGAAAAUCAAAUAUCUUGUUUAAGACAAAUUCAGGCAAAUCUACCUUGGUAGAUUUUGAAGGAGAAAGGGGGGAGUGAGAGAGAGAGAGAGAAAGAGAGAGAGAGUGAGGCCUGGUUUGGGUGGCAGCCAGAGAGGGAGAGUAGACUGCUGAGAUGUGGGUCAUCAGGAUACCCAUUGGCAUCAGGACAUGGUAAUGAUCGCAGCAGUCACAUGGCACUGCAGUCAAUAUGGGCCAAAGUGGCCUCUCUCUACCCUCUAACCAAUACCACACUUAAACACACAGACCCACACACCAGACACCAAACCACACACAACCUCAACUAACAAACAGGUUUUGUUUUUUGUUUUUGUCUGCUGACCUCAAGUCAACCACGUGAAAGGUCACAGAUGUUGUUUGAUCUCAGCACUUGUUUUUAACUCGUGUAACUUUUCUUUUUAUCUGCACUCUGUAACUUACUCACCCUUUACUUUUAUGUUACCUCUGCUUUGUUCUCCCACAUUUCUUUUAUGUCGUCCUGCAGCCAUCUUUGCCAUAAAUCGUUACACCUAGCCGCUGCUCUCUGUGUGUGUCUUCCCUGCGCCACCCUGUCCUCCAAGAAUGACUAGACUCAGCGUUUUCACUCGUGCCACUUCUUCUUCUUUUACUGGAGCGAGCAUUUUCUCUCUCCACGGACCCUGGGCGCGUGUAUGUGUGUGUGUGUGGGGGUGGAUGAUGUUGCGGUGCCACAGUGGCUGAACAAAGACACACACCUACAGCUCCAUAAACACACACAGACACACACACAGAGUCUAAUCAAUGUUCCGUUUACAAGGCCAAGACUGUGGUACAAACAGGUGGGUUGACGGCACCGUUUUUUGGGGGGACUUUGUUCAUUGCGCAGUUUCACAAUCCUCGGUGAAGGUCAGCGCAGAGCUUUCACAGCACAGGGCGCCAGAGUGUUUGGACACAGCAAGGACAGAAAAUGGAAAUGAGUUUGUGGUGAAUAGGACUCAUCCAGCUAGUCUUGUCCAUCUAAUUGGACUGUAUGGAAGGACGCUGGCGGAGAGAUUAGGUCUUCUGGAUUAUAAAAUUGAAAAGCAGCUUUUCAUUUCGGCGAAAUCCUUCCAGGAUUAAAUAUGAUGAGCGUCUGUCAUCACCUCACAAUCCCCUUUCAUGAAUACGUCCACGCGCACACUCUUCCUUCGAUGACAUACAGCGUGCAGUCGGGUCAGAGGGUGAAAGCGCUGUAAACCGGCGACACACACUUGGCCCCUCCUUCUUCUCCCUGUUACACACACGUACACUGUAACCGACCCGUGACCCUUGUCAUGAUGAUACCAGCACUCUGAUGUUUUUAUUAAAGCCGAGUUCAGGCCACGCAGCUGGCCAUAUGCUCAAGGGGUGAGUAGGAGGCGAGGUGAAGAGGUGGGGGGUAAGCGAGAGGUGAGAAGGACACGGUAACCAAAACGGGGAUCACCAGACGAGCCAGACUGAAAACUGAUCUACUGACCUGGAGACAAAGAGUGAGAGAGGAGGGGGUGGAGGUUCGGGGGGGUGAGAGUCAGCGGGCAUCAAGGUGGGGAACCUGAGCCAGGUCUAAAGAUGAUGAGAGGAGAUGAAAAGGGGUUCACAGAUGACUGGAAAACAGAGACGGUUGUGUCUGUGUGUCUGUAACUGCUAAACACACACUCAUCGUCUGAACAUUGAUUUUCUCCAAGAACAGGAUCAUAAUGAUGCCUUUUGAUAAGUUGUUUUUAAAGGUGCUUUACACACCUGCAGUUGAAUACCAUCACUCCACAGACGGAAAAAGAAGUAAACCUUGAUGCCUUUCUUUUCUACCUUGUCUGUAAAACACGAUAUGUAAGGAAAUUGCAUUUUUAAUGUAAAUAUAACUAUAAGUACUGCGAGCAUUGAUCACUGAUGCUCAUUAAGGUUUAGUUAGCUUGUCAGCAGCAUCCACAGUGCUUUGAGCUGAAAAAAACAAAACAUCUAUCCCUUUAAUUCCCCACAUGCUGAAUUUCUCUGUAGUUGUCCUCAGUGGUGGUCUCUCUUCAGUGACAUCUUUGAAAUAAUUGCUGGUUGUUAAAAGUUAUCUCUCAGAAUGGACCUUAAAAUUUGAUAUAACAAACUUUGACAAACCUCCUGAAAUUCAUCUUCCUGUGGUUGACAAAUUAUCUUCACUAAUUAGCAGAAGAUUGAUAAACUGAACUGAACAAACUGACAUUUCAUCAGUUUCACAUUACUUUUAUUUCAGGUUCACUGAGAGCUGCACAUUCAUACGGUGAAAGGCAGUUUUUAUGAAACCAAAAGAAAAUCUUCCCACAAUCGACAACAAAAAGGAAUCUCAAGGUCCAUCCUUUUUAGCUUCUUUAGGGUCUUUCAACCACAUCUCACUGUCCUGCUCAAAGGUUUCACUUCACUCAGUUGUCAUGGAGAUACUGAAAAUCAGUGGGGUAGUAGUGUCAGUCUUCAGUUGUGAAAAACAUUAAGUUUGUAUGCUCAAAAGGUAGAUAUUAUCACCCAUUCACCUCAUCAGCUCAUCUCAAUCUGAACUGCACCAAGAAUGAUAAUAAGAAUAUGAAAACAACUGAACACCAAAUCAAUCCCAGAGACAGUUUCGCCACAUCUUUAAACAACACUUUUACCCUGUUCAUGAACUUGGCUGUAAAUAAAAAUUGCUGUCGUGAACUUUUCCGAUUGCACAGCAGUGCUGCGGCUGAGUGCAUCAAGAGCAGAAAGUGAUGGAGGACUGCAGCUAAUGCUGUUGUGCUGAUAGGGUACUUUUUACUCUGCAGCCACAUGGAGACAAGCUGUAAGUUUAGAUAUCAUUCACUGGACGCAGAGUUAGCCCCAAAUGAUGUUUUGAAGAGAUAGCUUUAUUAAUCCUGAGGGGAAUUCUGGAGCCUGAUUGGUGCAAAAUAAGAGAAACAAACUAGAGAUUUAAAUAAACUCCUGUGAGGCGUUUUAAGUGGACUGAAAUUCAUGUUGAUGCUUUUUAUGCUAUCCAAAAGUAAACUAGACCAUUUGCAACAAGACUGGCAGAUUGUAUACUAAAGUAAUAGUCUUGUUUUUACAGUUUCAGCAUAAAAUUUAAGUAUUUUAUGAUAUAUUUGACGCACAAAAGUCACAAUGAUAAGAUCUUUUAAGUCAAAAAACAACUACUUAAAAAUGAAUAGGUUCAGGUAAGUAGAGAUGCUUUGUCCACAGGGGGGCACCAAAACUGACCCAAAUCGAAAGUUCCUCACAGGAGCUUUAAAAUAUAAUUAAGAUGUUAAAUGAAUAAAUUUAAAGAAACAGUGUCUAACUGAGGGUGUUGAUGGAAGUCUAAGUAAGCACAUAGUUUAAAAAAAAAAGCGAGGAGAAGCUAAUAAAGGAUGUAAGAAAUUGUUAGAAAUCGUGAUGAAAACUGAUCCAGCAGAUGAUAUCAAAAGUAAAUAAUGUUUUAAACUGAUAUUGACAAGUAAAGAGAACACUUCAUCAUAGAGCUAAAACGUUUUAUAUGAUUGAAAAUGUAAUUUGCACUUGAAAAUAAACAUGAAAAGGCCCAAUGAUGACAAGUAAAAUACCCCUAAUCAUGAAAGGUAGGAUUGCACAUGAUGAUAUAACAAAACAUGGGCUGAGAUUGUAACAUAAUAUCAUACUUGGCAUGAAAUGAACAUUAUAAAUCGAUAUUUGGUCAAAUUUGGGGAAAAUUAGUGAUUAAAAAAUACAGAGUUCGGUUUUGUUUUAGGAAUUACGAAGUCAGGGGGAUAUCCAGCGUAAUUGUUUAACCACAGAUUUGCGUGUUUCAGUCUAUUUGACUCAAGGACUACAGAACAAAGACAAAAAGUCAAAGUGAGGGAGUGAGUAAGAGAGAUAGAAGGAUUGUGAGAAGCAGCAGAGAAAUUGUCUGUUUCCUCACACACCAAGGUCACCGAGCGCUUGAAUGUGAUUGGAAGUCCCCCGUCGGUCGGUCUGUCUGUCUGCCUGUCUCGGCUGUUUACCACACACUAGAUAACACAGACAGGCUGUUCAGCUGAUAAUGUUACUCUGUUAACAACUGCUCCCUUCAACUUUUGUUUCAAGCUCACUGCAAAAUGGCAGGAAUGUGGGAAUGUCAUUUCCCCCUACACGCACUCACACACAAGCACAGGCAAGCCGAGGCAGGGACGCACACCGCAGACACCAUCCGACGUGUGAUUUUAACACACACAGACAUGCUCCUGUGUGUACAUAAUGGCACAUAAUUACACACCCUCCCAGAUCCUUGUGCAUAUACGCUUUUCACCGCAAGCAGACAAACUCCGAUAACAAUAUGAUGACACAUGGAGCGGAAAGGAAAGUUUUCCGGCUCUUACAUCAGUUUCUUCAUCCUUUUCCCUCUGGAUCGAAUCACAAGCACAAGCCUGGGCACACUCUGUCUCCUAGAAUCACACACAUCCACAGAGGCUUACAAACACACUCUCUUAACUCCCUCGCAUACACACACACACACACUGAGUCGAACACACACAAAGACCUACAUUGCAAGCCCCUCGCUGAGAUGCUGCCUUUUAUUUGCUUCUUGAAGACUCGGCUCUGUAUUGAGCAGCUCUGCAUUCAGCUCAUCUGCCUUACAGCAUUACCUUAAUGGCUGUCUGUGGGUUGAGCAAUUUUACCCAAUAUUGCUAAACAAAAGCGCUCCUCCUCACACUAGACAGGGAUUCUAGACAGCUUAGUAGCCCUUUGACUGGUUUUAUCCACCUACACAAAAGAAUCUUCAGUGCAUUAAGUGGUAUUGAGUUGGGUUGAAUUAAAUUGACUUGAAUGGAUUUUGAAUUGAAUCGAAUUGGACACAGCCCAACUUGGCUCGGUUGCAUAAUUCAAAUUGUGGGGAGUCGAGUCGGAUUGAGUCAACUCAAGCAGAAUAAACCUGAAGUGAGGUGAAGUGAUUUAAAUCUGUUUACCUUACAGGUGUGUGCUGCAGGUAUCAACACGGUGAGCUGCGUGUGCCGCCACUUUAAUAAUUAUUUCAAAUGUGUAAAGAAAAUGUUAAAAGCGAGAAUUGUGAAAUGAUAAACUUGAACUUUUAAAUGAACGUAUUGAAAAAUAUCACCAACUCUUUAUCUAAAAUGUUUAAUGCACACUGUUUAGUAUCUCAUACAGCUGAACAGACCGUACCUUUAGUCUUACAUAUCAGCCAGGUGCUCUGACCAUCUCCAACUCUGCAUGCUCAAAGCAGACUUGAUCAUAACCAACAAUCCGUAUGACCAUGUCUAAAGGCCAAAAUAUGUGUGCCUUACUGCAUUAUGUUGUCUCAGAGUUUCCUUUGUUCAGUGGCUUGUUAGUGGUUCAUGAUAUAGCACAAAGUUGGUCCAAACAAAAGGAGACAGAUAAGGCAGUGCUAAGGGAGAGAGAGGGGAUGAAAAAGUAAAGAGAAAAGAGAGAGUAGACUUUUGAGACCUCAGACUGUGACUUACAUUUUGUCUUACCUGACAAAUCAGUAUAUAUACAGUUUUCUUCCAGUUAUUUUUGCUUUAAACAAACUGAGGCCUUUUCUUUGUGGUUUUAACGGGAGUACCGUCACACAUUUAGGUUGUUUCUAACAAAUGCUCAGGUCUUUUAUGAGUUUGAAAUAGUGUCAUUGACUGAUGCCUCUUUAUGACUUAGAAAAUGAGAUGAUAAGUGACAAGAUUGGUUGUUCCAUUACUCUGAAUUUAUGUGCCUGUGUACUCUGAGUUGGCUCUACUGCAAGCAAUAGUCGAGUCAAUAUUCGGCGCUCAGCCGGGGUUACCUAUGUUUAGAAUUUUGCUAGUAAAGUUUAGUCACGAGAAGUAAGUCAGAAAGCUGCAGGAGGUUUUUAUUUCCUUGAGAAAUGUUUCUUUUUAGGUUUUUUUGUAUUGUACUCAUUGCUGAUGCUGGAACAGGAUUAACAAAAGAUAUAUCCAGGCGUAGACACAUCUGGCAAGAAGUUGUUGUGUGGGCAUCCUGCAGCGGAGGAAGGAGUGGCAUAUUUGUGCAAUAGCGCUUUUAAAUGAAUGUAAUUCUGCCAUGCUAGAUACAAAAAUCUGUCGACUAAUGAGUCAACAUCUGCAGUUUAUUUUCACAGAGUACUUCCAUUAGGGAAAUAUGCCUAUUUGAAUAAAUAUUGAUUUAGCACAAACUUUCUUUCCUCAUUUAUUAAUUUACGUGCAACCAGAACUUGGAAGCAACGAGUACAUGCAACAUCUGUACUGGCAUGAUAGCAAAAUAAGGAACUUGUUUCCUUCAUCACCUGGACGUGAACAAAAAAUGCAUUCAAACGAUGAUUCAGUAAGGGUCAUGAUUAAUAAUAACUGGAAAUUUAUGAUCCUUAUAUCAGGGAACUCCUCAGGUGUGUGCUUGGCAAAGUUGAGGCUGAAAACUCCUCAGGUUCAUCCACAAGCCAAAUGGAGUCACAUUGACAGUUAGGUACAAGUAGAAAAUUAAUCACUUCUGAUAACAGCUUGCUUUAAAAUAUAGAUAUGUUCUGAGUAGAUGCCUCAGUAGCAACAGCUUGUUAACUUGCUUGUCAGCUUGUUUCAGAGAGUGAAACUUUGCUUAGUAAAAAUACAAAAUAGCUUUGAACAGGAUUUAAUGUUAAUGCUCUUUAUGGGAGAAAAUGAUUGAAGUGUAAUAAUGUAAUAAUUAACUUAAUAAUGUAAUGUAGAUAGAAAUCUACACAGUGUCUCGUCACUCUGCAACCUGCAAAAAAAGAUCAAAUGCAGGCUUUGAUAGAAGCCACAUCUUUGCGACAGAGGCUAAUGGUGCUCAUGGGAGAUUCAGUCUUUAUUCUUGGGAAACACUGCCAAUUUCAUCCAAAGGGCUUACCAGAAUCAACACUACAUGAAAGAUUUUCACAGCUCCGUGGACUACAACUGUCUAAAUAAUUGCAUUGGUGUUUUAGCAACUACAAGCAAACUGUUUGAAUGUUCUUCCCUUUGAAACUCGGUGAAGUCUGUAAACACUUGCACCAACACCUGCACCCAAGUUGUUCAAUUAAGCUUGAAGCGAUGGAAGUGCAUGCUCAAAUUUGCAGAAGAGUACACAGACUGAAAUUUAAUGGUCAGACUAAAAAAUUAUGCCCGUAAGCAGAGACCUGAAUAUACAACUUCUUAAAACUGAAAUGUACAAACUUAUAAAACUCAGAUGACAAAAACAAGACUCCACUUUCAGGCUCCAUUAGGAAUGAUUGAAUAUUCCAUAGUCUGGUCCCGGGCACUGUCUGCUUCAGUGCUAUGUAACUCAUCCAAUAAAAAAAGUGUGUCUUUCCAACCCUCCAUCCCCAAUGUCUGUCUGCUACCCCACCACACAGACACACACACACGGACACGCACAAGCACACACACCCUCCGUCUGUCUUUUCCCUGAUUGAUCUCUCUGUUCUCCCUAAGUGGUUUCAUCUCUUUUCAUCACUCUCCAUCUGGAUCCAUCUUCUCAAUACGUGUUUUAAUGGUCCCAAGCUUUUUUUUAAUAACACUUAAUAGUUUCUUUAAAUUUUACAAAUGGCUCUUAACAACCCUCUUCAUUUUCUCUGCCACCUUUUUUUAGACUCUUAAGUUAGAGUCGGCUUUAAUCUUUACUUUUGAUUUCUCCCGAUUGGAUAAAAUUAAGCAUGCUACCAAGGAAUGAGCCUAAGGUGUGAAUUUCUGCAAUAUGGUUUAUGCAUUUUUGCUGUUGGCGAAUCGAGCACGUUUCUAGGCGGAUAUCAGCUUAUUAGAUCUUGUGUGAGUGUGAAAAGACUGGCCUUGGUAGCGCUGUAGUCCAAAGCCAAUGUUUUUGCCCCGGGCUAAGUGUAGCCAUCUGUUUUCGAAUUGUUGGUGGAAGAUAGAUAAAUCAGAAGAUCAAGAUGGAGAUAGAGAGAGAGAGAGCAGGGGAGAGAGGAAGAGACAGAAAAGGAGUGGAAGAGGACCAAAGGAAUUCCUGGUCAGCACCCAUGGCUUCGAAAAAAAAGGGUGAUGACGGGGGUGGACGGGGAGUUGGUUGAGUGGUUUAUGAGUGUUGGGCUGAGAGAUGAAGAGGAAUAAGGCGACCGAGUGAAGAGGCAGGAUAGGGGGAGAUGUGAAGCUACAAAAUCAGUGUUCUUGGGUUUUGCCUUGGGGUUGAGAGCGGAUGGAGAUGGUGUAGAGGAGAAGGAGAUGGGGUGAAAAAGAUAGAAACGAGGUAUUUGGGUCUGGGGUUAGAGGGAGGAGGAAAGGUGGGAGGGAGGGUGCACUCUGUGAGAAGAGCCAGCUUAAACUCUUCGGGCUAUUUUGGUUUGUGUGCGUGUUUGUGUGUGUGUGUGUGUGCAUGGCGUAAAAGCGAGACAGCUAGAAUGAGAGCUGUCUACCUGCUGCCCUGUUGAAGAAGUUACAUAAAUGUGAGUGGGCAGGCCUACCCCUGCAGCAGUGCUCUGUAUUAUAAGGUUGACCAAAACCUCUCUCUCGAUGUAUGUGUGCACGCGUGUGUGUGUGUAUGCAUACUCUGUGUGUGCAUGUUUAAUCCAUGUUCAUCCCCACUGGCCUGUCCGUAUCAGGAAUAGACCUGAUAAGAGAUGCCAGCCCACUCCUGCAUACACACACUAUUACACUCACAUACACACAGGUGGAGCUGAAAUAUAACAACUAGCCAUCUGAGCCUUUGGAGAGCAACCCCCCCAGGUGCCUUCAAACACAGGCGUGAAAUAGAUUGACCCAUGUAACCCCACUCACACACAGACAUUCUUACACAGGCUAUAUUAUCAAACAUUCACAUUGCACUACCUUUAACUCUCCCUUGAGGAAACACUACAAACGACCAAGUUUAACUACUGCCUUUACUUGUAUUACAUAUGUAAGAUCUCUUGUUAUUUUUCUAUUUGUCUUUAUGUUAGUCUGGAUACAGACCAAAAAAGUGGAACUCUGAUAAAUCAAACUGCGCUGUAAAUCAAUAGCUUGCUCCUAAUAAAAGGCAGUAAUGGCACAGCAUUACAGUAAAGUCGGUUCCUAAUGGGCCAACACUGCACAGGUACAAGUCGGCAUACAUUAUCGAAGAAGCUUUCUUCUCUUGUUGCACAAAUAAAGAAAUAUUAUGAAUAUAAACACACAAACUAUGAACCCGCACCAUUUUUUAAUCAAAGUCAUGCAAAUCUACCCUCCAAUUAGAAUCCCAAAAAGGUUUCCUUUGGGAUGAAAUGGCACCCUCUAAUUGGAUGGAUAAAAGACGGCUCACAUCUAAGCCCACAAUCUGAGAUUGCUCUGUAUAUAUAGACAUCCCUGUCUUCACAAACACACAGGCGCACACAGUGUAAAUGGGGAUCACUGACAAUUUAUGCAUGAUGGAGGGAGUCACACACAGUAUCAGAGGUAAGAUGAGAGGAAAGGAUAGAGUGUGUGUUGACACAGAUAUGCUGCAUUGUCAGGUGCAGGCACACACGCGCGCUCAUUGACCGGUCAGUCCCUUUUUAGAAGCGUGAAUAAAGCUUUGGUUGCGGUGUCGUGUUAACAUGAAAGCUUUCACGGCUGUUAAAAAGAGCAGGCUUUGAUUAGAAUUAGAUGUGUGUGAGUGUAUCUUAAUACCGGCCUUUGCUGACGACGGCCUUUUUUAAAUCCAGCAGAGCCGUCGCAGGGAGCCUUCCGUCAAAAUUUGUUGAAUCGACGAUUUCACCUCAACAUGCUCUCCCUGGGUUAUUUUCCCCUUUUUUCUUCAAGGUUCUGAAAGGCAGAAGUUGAGCGUGCUGCUUGGCCACGUUUUAAGUAGAUCUCUACCACAAAGCAGCAGCAGCAGCUCUGUGGUUUCCAGGGUGAUCAAACGAUGUAUUUCAAAUUAUUGACUAAAGUACUAAUUGAAUAUCAAAGAAACUGGUGUUAUUUUUAUGUGCGUGUCGAGUUGCUUCUUCAGGAAAAACGGCUCCAGUGACUUUUACAAAGUAGUGUCACUCUCACACGGCAUGAUGAUUAUGAAUGAGUCAAUAAUUAAUUUCUGCUUCCUUAUGGGGCUUUAUGAAGAAUGUGAGUCAGAGAUUGAAAUAGUUAGAAAACUGAUUUGAACACAGCAGGACCGAACUUGUGCAGACAUAACCCUGAGCCCUCAUGGCCUCAAAAGGCUGCGUUCAACGUCGAAGCUUGUCAGUGCAUUAUGGAAAUAUGAGGAGUUAUUUUUGCUGUCCAAUUAAACCUUAUGUCUUAUUGAUUUUUCUGUACAAAUAUACCCUCCCUUUUAUCCAUAAUCCUUCAAAAAUCAAAUAGAUUACGUCAAAGAUUGAUCGGAUUAAAGCUUCGAAGAGGACUGUUUGUGCUUAGUUAAUGAAAAAUCAACACUUUGGAGAUUAUAGUUUUCACUGGAAACAGCGAUAGCAGAGAGCAGCUUUUGGUAUUAAAUCAAUGAUUUGCUUUAAAUAGACUUAAAGUUGACAAAUCUACACUUGUUAAAAGCUAUUUCCAUGAAAAUGAAGAGCUGUGGCUCCAUAAAUGCAAACAUUUUGAGUUGUUUGUUUGUUUUCUUGAAUUUCAAACCUGAUUUUGGAUUGUUGGUUGAAUAAAAGAAGCAUUUGGAUUAAUUAACUUGGACUAUAGAAAACUGUAACCAACCAAAUCUGUACUGGUUUACAAAUUAGCAACUGUGUCAAACAAACAGAAUGGAUAAUGCUGUUUUUCUGUAUUUUUAAUGAUUUAUAGACUUGGAAUAAACUCUUUUCUUGAUGUCUCAAAAUAAGCCCGGACAAGAAGAAAAUAAAAUGAGGAAGAUUCUGAACAUCUUUUUCUAUCAUUAUACAUUCCUCAAAUUCUUAUAUUCCCAGAUGGCACAUUGCAAGGCUGUGCAAUCAGCUGAAAAAGAAGACAUGAAAAUAGAGUGCAGCGUAUACCUGUAGUUUGGUAUGCAAAAACGAUAUGUUUUCAGCUGCUGCUUAACUCUUUUAUUGCAGUGGCUGUGGAAUCAUUUGCAUUUUUAAACAUUUUUUUAAUGCCAGGAGUCGCAUAAUAAUCAGGCAGACUCCUCCUCGGUAAAAGGCUCAGCUCUCUGAAACUCUGCUGGAUGUGACUUCAGUGGAGUCAUUUCUUAGCCCUAAUUCUGAACCAUAAUUUUCAAAGGGGGUUUCAAAACUGGAGCCUGUGUACGUAUACGCUUGAAGUGUGGUGUGAGGUUAUCGAUGGGAACGGGUUGAAUUCUCCCCUGCUUUCUCAUUAACUCUCCUCCUUCCGCUCAAUGGCCCUAGCUCUGCACUCGGUCUCUGGUCUAUCGAGCAGCACGCACACACACUCACACACACACAGAAACACACCCAUACUCAUAUGCAAGGAGUCUGUUUGCAUACCAAAAGCACACUUCAUAGCUCAAAGAAAUGAAAGCCAUAUUAAUUAUACAGUCUUGUGUCCGCACAUGUACCCACACACGGACACACGCAUGCGCACAUACGGACACACACACACAUAAACACACAUGCAUACACAGAAAAAAAAGAGAGGGAGGCAGCAGUUGUUUUAUGUUUUUCCUCUGCGUCAAUGAAGACAGAGUGUGAGAAUGAUUGAGUCUCUCUGCGUCAGGGAGAGAGGGAGUGAGCAAUAGCGCAGAGGGGGAGAAAGAGUGCACUGUCCUCUCUCUUUUAUGUGUGUGUGUGUGUGAGUGUGUGUGGGUGCCUGCGUGCGUGUCGUCUACCAAGUAUAACGCCCCCUCUGUGUCCCCGAGUCACUCACACACACUGAGACUAUUGUCAAGACAUUGGGCGAGGCGCCCCGAGACAUUUCUGUGGCACUGUGUCUGUCACGGGGGUGAUAGGGCCGAGACCGGGUUCAACCACACACAUCAGAGUAAUCCAACAGUCAUACACAAAUAUGCCGGAUUACAGUUUUAGGUCAUAGGUAGAGUUAUGAUUAUGUGUGUGUGCGCGUCUAGGUGUGUUGGUGAUGGUGUUUACGUAGUGAGGCCGACGCGGUGUACAUGUUUGUUUGUGUCUGACAGCACAUUAAGCUAAGCUAUCUUUAACCUUGCAAAGUGAGUGACACUGAUUCUAAACUGUCAGGAUGGAUUUCAGUUUGCCGUGGCGUUGCAGCGUGUCAGCCUCUGUCAGCUCAACCCCGUCCGCCCAUUUUACAAAAGACAGGAGCGCCACAAAGGAGUCAGAGUGGAUGCUAGAGGGAGAGACAUAGAAAGAAUGAUGAGCGUGACAUAAAAAUAUGAGAGUACAGGGCAAACUGGGUUGAAUGUGCCGGAUAAAAGUAGAAAUUUACUUACUCUAUUUUUUCGGAUUCCCAGCUUGAAUUUUGCCAAGUACUGAUACAAUACUUGCACAAGCCUCAAGAAAAAUCCUGUUUGGAUGCGAAAAUAAAAGGCAUCAUUAAGCUUGAUAGUCAUAUUUCAGAGAACGUAAACAAAUAAAUCUAUGAGUAUGUGCAGUCCCUUUACCAGAGGACACAUUUCUGAGUGUCUACUGAAGAGUGUUACAGAAACACUUAUGCCAACAUAGAGUGGUGAUAGAAAAAUCAUUCUUAAAUGACAAGAGGCAGACACCAGAGUUCAGGAUAUAUAAUGGAAGUAAAUUUAAUUCUCGCAAUAAUGAAGCACAAACAACGCAAACAGUAGAUACACAGAAGUGUUCAUCAGCCUUCUCGGAUCUUCAUCAUUUCCAAAUAUAGUCAACAGACGACUUAAGUUACACUUAGCCUUGGUUUCAUCCUAUUCGUUUUGUGUCUGCUGUCCUUGCACAGUUUCAAUAUCACAGCAACUUAGACAUUAGACAUCCUAGACAUUAUUAUUUUACAACUUCAGCGCACAACUUGAAAAGUAUUCUCCGUCAAGUGGCUUCAUUCAAGUUCUCUGAGGAUAACUUGAUCCACUUCAAGUCAUUAGGAACGACAAUCUCUCAAUAGGUUUACAAGCACAGUCAGUGAAGUCGAGCUACUUAGAGCUUGAUUAGACGAUUUAACUGGACUAAUGUUCCUGUCCCAGUUUACAUGCACAGGGCAAGAAUGCUACCGUAGCUGGAGACAUGUCCUCCUCAAGCUCAUGACUAUCAGGUCGUUGAUGUAUUACAUAUCAAAUCAGCCAACAAGAGGCUAACAGGAGAGAUACAUUGAACAAUAAAGACAUUGUCACUUCUGCAGCUUUGUGCCGUUUCUCAGGAGAGUUUUGUCUUAUUUACGUCCCUUCUUCAUCUGUUGAGGUUUUGUUUACUACCUGGCUUCCUAGCAACGCAUCCAAGUCGAACAUUUAGUCCAGUUUCAGUUUGAUUAGGGCUGGGCGAUAUGGCCUCAAAUCAAUAUCACGAUAUAUUGAGUAGUUCACCUCGAUAACGAUAAAAGGACAAUAAUUAGACCACAAGCUGCUCACCCCCUCCCACAUAAACUUAAUCCACUUCAGCUGCUCCAACUUUUGAACUGUCACCAUCUCCUCACCUGUCUUUCCCUCUUUGUUACGGACUGGAUGAGGUGGAGUCACGUCUCUGUCGUGGGACAGUAUCUUAAAGGGACAUGAGACAAUAGCCUACCUACACACAUCCAAAACCAACUUUGAUUUAUUUAAUUUUUUGACACUGAAUUUAUUGACAUGGGCAAAAUGACGUUGGUUAUUGUAAAUUUCAGUAUCUGUAAAUUUUCAGUUCAUCGCCCAGCCCUAAGUUUGAUUGAGCCGUAUAUAUAACAGAGAACAUCGACCCCUUACAAGAUUAUCAAGAUAUGUUACUCCGACUAUGAGAAGUUCUGUGUGGUGUGAUUUCAGUCAGACUAACUUUAGCAGAUCACCGAGAACACAAAGCAAUUCCACAACAGCAAUGCACAAAGUUGGACCAUUAUCAUAACACUGAGCUCCACAGCAGCAUAUUACUGCUGUCCCAGAGUGUGGUUUCACAAUAUAUGGCGGCGUCACAGACAUCACAACACAACAGGAGCUCCAGAUAUAUGUGGCGCUGUUUGUAGCUACACAUAGCUGCCAAUCUUUCGCCCAUUACGCCUCUGUUACUACCUCAGGCAGCAGUUCAGAUGUGGAUGACUUCACCCCACAAUUAUCCCCUCGGUGCAUUGCAGAUUGUAAAAAUACUACCUUAAACUGGCACAAGGAGCCUUAGAGGUAAUAAAUGACCAUGAAUCAGUGAGGCCCAUGACUGCUCCGCUGCAUGUAUAUAUGACUACAUACACUACAGGAUCAGAUCACUCAGAAAGGUGGACCUUACUCUGCAUUUAAGGUGGUAAGUGAGAUGUUUUGAGAAUGCUAUCUGCAUCAGAAUACCUGAAUGAAAGAGUUUGGAAAGUGGAGGAGAAGUCGCGGUUUUAGUGGAAUGAAAGAGUAAGGGAUACAGAAAGAGGAGAAGGUGUAGAGGAGGCAGGGAAAGAGGAAACAUGGGGAAGAGAAAACGGAGGUAGAGAUGGAGGGUGGGGAGAUAGAGACCUUGCUCUUGUAUCCGGAUGUCUCUGAGGUCCUUUAUUGACUCUGUCUAUUGUUCACAGCAGCACUCCUAAUCACUCUCAACAGGGAGGUUGUUUUUGUGCGUAUGUGAGUGUGUGUUUGUGUGUGUGUGUCUGCCAGCGCUUGUGUGUAAGUCUACGUAUCUUUAGCCUCAUCCUCACUUUUACUCUUUCAUACACUGGCCCCCACAGUGAAGCUAUUGUUCACUCUCCUCUGGUCACCCUUAAUGGACAAUAGCAGUGGGUGGGAAAAGCCUGGUCCUAACACGCAUACUAUUAGUCUAAUGGUCCCAGCACACACACACACACACGCACACACACAUGCAGACUCACCACAGAACGGGCAGUAAAUGCCAUCUAAAUAGCAGGCAUACAUAUGUAUGGUGUCUCUUACUCACGCUCCCACACAAAGGACCAGUUGUAAACCACCAUCCUGUUUGCAUCUUUCUUCACAAUGAUUCCUGUCAUGGAUAUUAUAAGCAAUGACUGUUUUAGUGACUAGCAGUGGAAAGCAAUGAUCAUCACGUGUAUAUAUACACACACACACAAACACACACACACACAGCAACAAAGGGGCUAAUCUGAAUCAUGGGCAUUUGUCCGGUAAGCCUCGCUUUACGUCUCCCUCUAUGAGCUUUUUGUUGCCGUUUUGUUUUUCCCCCUAUGGACAGGCACGAGCUACACAAAAGGGAUAAACAUUUCAAAGGCCUAAUGCUGUGAAUAGAGUCAGUGAUUUUCAAUGUGUAUCUGCAGGGUGGAGAGCCCAGAUGGAGGCAGGGAGAAGGGAGAAAGCUCAACGCCAGAGUGGACAGCUUGAUGCUAACAAAGCUGUGGUGGAUGGCGAUGCAGUAGAAGCCGCAUGCAGCAAAGCAACCUCUCUUUUAUGCUUUCUCUUUUUUUUUUUUUUUUGUAAACAAACGACACACAACAUCCUUAAGAACAAACUUCACACACCCACACACUUGCAGUAACUAGCUGGGGCACUGGUAAUAAGCAGUGACUGCAGGGGUUCGCUUUUAAUUGCUCCCAGUAAGAGAAAGUGAUUUAUGGUCGUGGGAGUGCCAGCAAAUUACAUACAUAGAUUGCUAUGUAUUGUGUUUAUCGGGACGGGCAAGCCUGCACUCAGCAUGGCCAGCACUUCCACCGGUGACCGCAGGGGGGCCGGCAUCAGACUGCAGUAGUGUGGAGAGGAGUUAAGAGAGAGAAAAAGAGAGAAAGAGAGGGACCGCAUAGUGCCGAUCAGAUGACCUCGCUGCUGCAGUUAAUGUUCUCUGGUGCUCAAACACAAGGCAAAGGCUCCCCACUUGUACCGCUGGGCUGCUGUAUUACAAGCUAUUGUUGUGGCAGGAGUGAUGUUGUUGGAGGUGUGGGGAUAGAUGCAGGGGGCAGAGGAGGAGAAGGAGGAGGAGAAGGAGAAGGGAGUAUAUGCUUAUAAAGCAGCACUCAAUUUCAGAGCUUUCUUUCUUACUUUCUUUCUCUCCUCUUUGUCUCCCUCCCGUCUUGUUGCUGCACUCCCUCCCCUCCACCUCCACCCCUCAACAUUAUUUUGCCCCCUCUUUUCUACUGCCGCAUUUGCCCCCCUUUUUUCCCCUCUACCUCAUGCCCCCUCUCCUCCCUCUCCCUGUCUCUCUGUCGCUCCCUCUCUUCUUUCUCUCUGCAGUGCAGCACAGUGAUUAUCAUUCCUCUCACAGAGUCAGGCCCUGAUAGUCAGAUACUGCUGAGCACCCUUCUACAUCACCUGCUUCUGGAGGGAGCGAUCGAGAGGGAGAGAGACUGAGACAGGGAUGGGGUGGGGGGUCUGCAGAAAAAGGGAUAAAGGAAAAGAGGGGGGGGAGUGUGAGAGGGUGCAGUGAAAUAUGGAGGGGAAAAAAUCACAAGCAUGGAGAAGGGUGGAUUGCUCUUACUGCAGAGGUGGUCCCACUGCAACAUACUCACUGCAUAGUUAUAGAUGUGUGAGUGUGUGAAACAUGCAGGUGUGCCUAAUGUGUGGAUUUUAGGUUUCAGCUCGGAAAGCUUUGCGAGUGUGCAUGUGUUGUGGUAACAAGGCGCCUUGGCUCAUGAACAUCUGCGAGUCAGACAGCUGAAGAAACGCUGCUCAUAUUCCUUCAUCCCUCCCUGAGCCGAGUUUCAACCUGCUCUAAAGUGUUUUCUGCAUUCUGCGAAUACCACAAAAGUCCCCCCGUCUCUCUCCCCUAAACGACAUUCUUUGUGUUUCUCCCUCAGACUGGCUGCGGUCAUGUCGACUUCUUUCACAAGUCUGUCCCUUUUGUAGUUUCCCCUGCCACCCAUGCCGAUUAACAGGUUCAUCUUUUAAGGCUCACUCAUUCAUUUAUCAGUUGUCUUAUUCAUCAUCCCCUGUCCUCUCUCUCUGUCUCUCUCUCUCUCUCUCUCUUUCUUUUUCUCCCUCUCCCUCCCACGGGGUCUCUUGACACUUGUCUUUACCUGUCUGCCGGACCUAAUGGGUGCAGUGUGUAAACAGGACAUCUGCUCUUUUCAGCGCAGCCUCAGGGAACUGCAUUCCAGCACCGCACACGUCACUCUUACAAGGUUAUUAGAUCAAACCCUACAGUUUUGAAUCGCUCCUGUAUUUGAAUAACCAGUGUAAAUAUAUCAUCUGCGAAUGAAUUGUUAACACGUCUGUCCUUUUUGCGCAGCUCCUACGAGAUGUUUCCUGUCAGUAUAUUUCCCUUUUUCCUCUCAGCGCCUCCUUUGAUGCAUAACUUAGCAGAUGAAAGCAAAAAGGUUUCUAAAGAUUACUGAACAAAUGUAAGUGAAGAACAAAAAGAAAUCUGACCAGUUGACUAAACUUCUUCUUCUUUAAAGUUUGCUUUUGUUUUAUUGCUUGGCCCCGUGGACGCUGUGAGGAUACACAGUCGGGAAGUGUUAAAGCAGGAUGCAAAAAAGCACAGAUGAAUUCGACUAUUUGUGUAAAUGAGAUUAAAAACACCAUAGACUCACUUGUGAUUUGUCACUCCCCCCAUGAUCACACUUAGGGUGCUAGCAAAAAAAAAAAAAAAACCUGCUGAAAUGGUAAAACAAGACAUCUGGAGUGGGUAUGAGGAAGAAAUGGUAACACAAUUACGCUGAUUUGAUUCAAUAGAAAUGAGUGGCAUGGAAAGCACGUUAAGUGAAAAGCAUGUGAUAAUCGACUCGUUGGUUGAGACACAGAGAUCCUUCAAUGAAUUAGACAGCAGCCUGAGUCAGUCCAUGCGGUGACUCCAGCAAACCUUCCCAGACACACACAGUGCCCAGCAUGAGUCAGCACACCCCCUAUUAAAGGUAAUGUAUUACUCAGUAUUAGGGGUGGGAGUCACCAUUGACCCUUCGAUACGAUAUAAUCACGAUACUUGGGCCGCAGUAUGAUAUUAUUGCGAUUUUUAACUUUUUGCAGUACAGUGAGUAUUGCAAUUCAAUAUAUUGCGAUUUAUUAAAAAAAAUUAAAUUGUUUAGCUAAUUUAGCAUUUGGCUUUUCCUUACGUUUGUCUUAUUUACACAGUAUUUUAUUUUCAUGUAGCACAUCUUGCAAACCGUUUAUGUCAGGUCCAUCUCAUUUGUGCUCGGCUUGUAUUCCUAACGUCUUUCCCUGGGUGUUGUUAUAUUUGUUGCACUAACUUUCCUCUGCUCUAUGACAUCUCCUCUGCCAACUUCACUGGGGAAACAGUUGAUUUUAUUUUUCCAUUAUCAUAGAUUUAAGUUCAUAUUACCAAUUAAUUUAAAAAUUGGUACUUGGUCAAUGAAACGUUACGAUAUAUCACCAGACAAAAUAUCAUGAUAAUAUGCUGUAUCGAUUUUUUCUCCCACCCCUACUCAAUAUCUAAAUGAGCAAAAGUACAAUUUCCAAAGUUUUGACAAAUCUGAGUUCAGCACAACAUAACCAUAAAAUGAGAAUAAGGGUGAUAUGGUAACUAAAAUUUAGCUUUGCUUCUAGAAUUUUUAUUGGGGUGGACUCAUUUCUGCAUCAUGAUUGGAAAAAAAAAAACUUUUUUGUGUGCAACUUAAAAAAUCUUGUUUGCAAUCAAUGGCCUAGUAUUUGGAGUAUAUGGAGUAUUUUGUUGUAUAAUCUGACAUAGAAAAUGUUGAUUUUGAAAGGAAACUGAAGGUUUUCUGACAACUCUGAAGAGGAAUACUCAUUUAUGCUGAGCACUGUAAUAGAUAAAGAACUGACUGAUACAACCUCAUCAUUUUUUUUAAUCGUAUUUGAAGCCUGAUAGACUCGAGGUUCAUAUGUUUGCCACUUUGGAGGUAGGAGCACAUCCCCGUUUUUCCGCCCACUUUCACAACAACACAAGUCAAAACAAAUCAGCAGAGGCAAAGGUCAUCCUGACUGAUCAGCAUUCCAGUUAUGAAGUCUGGACUAUGCGCAUGUGGUGUCAACACAAGCAUAUUAGUUUUCAUUGUGUGUGUUGUGGUAGCAUAGUGCGAUAUCACCUUACACACUCUGUUCAGUUAUAGCUGUAAUAUGCAGAAGACUGACAUUUUAUCAGCUCUAUUCUUUUCAGGGUGUAAAUAAGCUAUCACAUUAUGAUGAAACAGGAUUAGGUGACAUGUUUUUGACGAUAAAAAUAGACCGUCUUAUUGAUCUUGCAUUGAAUAUCAGAUAUCUGAUUAUCCGUCUCCCUGAAAGCUAUGCCAAAGUAUUCUUUGAACACUUAUCAGAUUAUGUUUUUGGUAGACUAAUUAUUUUAUCAAAUCACCCUUUGUACCCCACCGGAGCUUAACGUUAAGCCAUUUUAAGAAUUCCAUAAGUCUGCCCUGUAAAUGAGACUGUCAGUGUCCUAGCGGGGACAAUCAGUCAUAUUUCUGCCGUGGAUCGAGCCACAGUUUUUUUUUUUUUGUUUUUUUAAAGGACGGUUGAAAAAUAGAUGCAAAUAUCACUUGUCCACAGGUUUAAACCACCAGUGAUGAACAACAGGCAUGGAUAUUAAGAUGCAAAGCUACACUCCUCAGUCAACGUUGGGAAAAUUCCAGGUGUCUGCAGGGAGUGAUUGCUAAUAGGAUGUCAGGUGUCGGCUUGAUUGACACUUGGCUCAUAAACCUGUCCAGCUCCUGCCUGUUUCAGCACAAAAACAUAACCAUCAGGAAGGGAGGAAUCCAUUUCACCUCCAGUGGCUGAUUUUCACAAGCUUGGUUACUAAUAGAAACACGCAGCAGCAUGGAGGUCGACACGGAUGUUGGGUUGAGAAAGACGCAAACAUGAUCCAUCACUUGUGAAUCUGGCCAUCAUGUUUUUAGUCAAGAUGACAGCAUCAUAACUGCCAAACAUUUGUGAAAUAUUGGUAUUAGAAAUGUAUCUCAGUCUGAAUCACCCAGUGAAUGAACUCUAUCUUCCACAGUCGGUUACAUUUUUAUAAUAAACAACCACAAGCAGGCGAAAAUAAAACAUUAUUUUGUAAUUAAAGUCUUAGAGCCGUUCAGCGCAAAUGUAAUUAUUCAACACAAUCACUUCAUUUGGCUACAUCGAACCAAUAAAACACCAACUCAGCUUUUCUUCACUCAAUAGAAACCAAUGGUACAAAAACGCAGGAUCAGCAAUUGUGUUUUGGUGCAGAAUUGCAUUACAGUGUCAGUGCUCGGCUUAAAGUAAAAUAUACGUUGCUAUGUAUCUGGAAUGUUGCUCUGAGCACUGUGUUCAGCAAUGUAUAAUUCAUAACAUCCUUCCUCUGUGCUUUCACGCAACGUGACUCUGAGUUUAGUGAAUGGAUGAGCAAAUAUGUGUCAACAGAGGGAAUCUGGUUUCUAGUCCGAGCGUUUCCAAAGCUAAACUAUAGGAAGUAAGCGGUAUGAGCUGUAAAACAAACUAAUAACUAUAACAUUCAGCAAUUAUACAGCGUAGCCAGAUGAUGUCAAACAUAAAUGAGGGCGAACAGAGAGCCAAAGGGAAAUGUGGCUUUUGUCCUAUAACCGUAUUUGUAGUUUUGGUUUAUGCAUAAGCCACAUCCUGUGGAUUCAAGACGAACACACACUCACAUCCAAAUGUGCUUACACAGAUGAAGUCAGAGGUGCAGAUGUUGCACCUAUGCACACUCACUCACACAAACACAAACACAUGUGUUGAAUAUGCAGACACAUGUAACGAGAAGAGAGGGAGACUGUUAAUUAACCAGAGCUCGUUAAUUCUCUUUGAACCGACAGCGAGGAGGUUUACACACUAAUUACCUUGAUGACUGAGCCAACCUGCAUGAGCACAUACACACACACACUCGCACGCACAUCUUCACACCACAAACGCACACGCACGUUUUCUCACCGGCUGACAUAACACAUCUUGCCGGCUUUGAAAGUCUCACACUCAAACACAGCAAUAAAACACAAACAUUAAGGUGUGAAGUCACACUCGCACGCAUCAGCAUAUGAACACACACAAACACACACACACCGCAACACACUCCGGCCCUGAAAUGAAAGCUAUAUCAGGAUAUUUUUUCCCACACAGGUUCUUCGGAGACGCAGGAUUCAGAUGGUUAAGUUUAUCCAGAGUUCAAGCCCAUCAUCAUACCUCCGUUUGGUUCACACAGCUGCGCCCAAAAUAACUCCACAAUCAUUCUGUACUGUAUCAGGAAACUCAUGUGCUCUUACAGCACAGUGACACACAUGCAUAUAAACACACCUACAUGCCAACUGUAACACGCUCACACCAUGCUGGGCGGAUGAGUAAAGCUCCCAUGUAAGUAUUGAACUGUAAUGGCCCGUGUCAGAUUAAGGGGAAGGUAUUUUAUGUCCCCCGUCAAACUCAAUUAAUAUUCCAUCAGCCACUAUUUCAUAGGCCACACUGGACCUUAGCUAAUUCAUCCGUGUGUGUGCAUGUGUGUGUGUAUGUGUGUGUGUGUGUGCCUUCACAUAUGGAUGUGUAUUGAAAUGCAAUAGACUUUUUGGAUAUCAGUCUAAUUGCAGUAGCUCAGAUAAAUAAUAGAAAGCAUGCACUUAUAAACACAGACAUGCUUCUUUAUUUAUAGGGAAUACAAAGGUGCUUGGGGAUAUAGCUGUAAAUAAAACAAGUGAUUCAUUUCAGGUCAAAACAAAGGAGAUGUGCAUGUUAAAAUGACUUGGACAUGAGAGGCAUAUAGAAAGGGACAGGGGUUUAAGUAUGCAUGAAGUAUAUUUAAUGACUUCAAGGUGCCAAAACACAGGAUUUGUCAUAACAAAAGAUGAGCAAAACACUUAGGGACAGAGAACACAGAAAAUGAGUGAAAAUAGAGAAAAGGGGGUGAAGACUAAAGAGGAGUUAUGGGUCAAUAAAGCCUGCUCAGGGUACGAGGAGAGGGACUCAUAACGAGGUCAAGGACACAUCAUUGAUCGCCACAUCAUAAAGCUGACUGGCAUAGAAGAAGGGGUGGGGGGGGGAUGGGGAGCAGGAGGAGGAGGAACGGACAAAGAAUGAAAGAGGGAGAGUUAUUGCCGAGAACAGCAGAGACAGCAAGAUCAGCCCCAAGAAGGGAGGAUGGAGGACGGAGGAGAGAAACGGCAAAUAAAAUUAUCAGGAGGAAGGAAUGAAAGGGGGCAGCUCAGGCCAGAAAGAGGGUUAGAGGGAAAUUGAAUUAGAUGAAAUCAUAGCUGAACAGAAAUAUGUUAUUGAACAAACAGGCCCAUACACACACACACACACACACACACACACACACAACCAACCAGCACCUGGCCUCCAAUUGAAGUAACUCACUCUUUGUCUGUCAAUCAAUGCCGCCCUGAAGCCCCAGCUGGAUUUUUAUGCUCAGAAUGUAGUCGAUUCAGUUUGUGUUUUUUGUGUUAUACAACAGAAGUUUAAAAAGUUACACAUCUUUUGUACAGAGAAAUAAACACUUGGUUGAAUUUUAAUAAUUUCAGAUACUUUUCGGACAAGCUAGUUUACAUGCAGGUAAAAAAAAAAAGAUUUAUGAAUUAUUGUUCUGCGCAUGCCCCAGCAUUCGAACGCUUGGCUUUGAGAUGGAAGGAAAAUAGCAUGGAUGUAUAGCUAGAAAGCGAGGCCACAAAUAAAACCCCAACAGAUGAAGAAAGGACACAAAAAAGACACAACUUUCUAAGCAAAUAGCACAGGGCUGUACGAGCUCUUUUCUAGUGCAUUUUGCAAGUUGUUUUAAUGUGUAAUAUUCCAACCAGGAGAGUAUUAACAAGCUGAAAGGACACGUCACCAUGCACCAUAGCAGAGUCGGACAUUGAUCUGUCAAUUGAUUCUUGGCCAAUCCAUGUGAACUGGCUAACUACCUAUUGUAAAAUUCAGUUUCUAGACCAGUUUGAACACCUUUUUGUUACCUAAUGUGUUGUUCCCUAUUAUUUGCCAAUAUCCCAGCGUAAAAUCUAGAGAGAGGUGGUUUGUUUAUUGUGUAAGGUUAUUUUACCUCCACUGCCGUCUCACUGAAGUAGUUGCGAACAAAGAGUCCAGCUUCACCUCACAGCGAUCAAUAGUAGUGUAAACUGGGUUCAAUACCACUCUGGUAACUAGCAGGAUGACAAUAACAGGCAGUAGUUGUACUGGGAGGGUCAGUUUUGGAGCUAAUUGAAUGCACUCAGGAAGACAGUGUAAACCUUUCCAUCCAGUAGACACCCUAAACAGACUGCAUCCUUAUAUACCAGUACAAUUUACAUUUUAUGAUUGAUUUUAAGAUAUCAUUGAUUGUUCAUAAUAUUUUAAUGUAUUGACGCCUUCCUAUCUGGCUAACUGCAUUAUUAUCACACUCCAGUUGGACCACUGAGGUCAACCAACCAGCUGCUCAUAGGCACCCCAAGAUUUGUCCCCUCCUUUGUUGUACAGCAGUCUGGUCAUGAUGAAAUGUGCUUCAUAAAUAAAUAUGACUUCACUGCUUCAGAACAGUCUCCGAUAGUUGUUGACAGUCUGGUUUAACAACACUGUUGUUAUGAAUGUCUUUGGUGGAAAUACUGUGUCUGCUGCAGGAAAAUGGCCUGCACUGUGUUUAAUGAGAGCCCCUGAAGUCAUACAUGAUAUUUUUUUUACCUAUAAAUAUUAUAUUCUGCACAUAAAUUUUUUAUCCUGUGCUAAAACGUGAUAACAUUUCCACUCUUUUAAUUUCCAUCAUUUAUCAUUGAAAGUCAUUAUCUGCCAUUCAGUCAUAACAUGUGUGCACAAGGUAAAACCAUGACCUUUGCAGGACUUCCAGGGCUCAGUACAUUUCUCUAAUAGUGGUAUGCUAAAAAAUAACAAAGGCAGAUGUACUUUCUGUUUCUCUGAAAUAUCAGUAAAACAAAAUAUUACAUUUUUAGGAAAGGAGCAUUAUUUCUCAGAUUGUACUGCAAAGUAAUCUAAAAUUUACACAUUUCUGGUUUGAAAUGUAAAAAAUGAGGGACAACUGUAAACUCUCGCCAGCCUCUGUGGAAUUUCAAAAGACAGGUGCCACUUUAGAAAGAGUCGAAAUAGAGUGUGUGAAAUAUGGAAUAUUUUCCUUUCUUUGUGGGUAAAAGUGUUUUGGGAUUCUGUAAAUAGCUGCAGAACACAGUAAGUGUUUUAGAAAGACCUUCUGGCUGUUUCAAAGAGUGACGGUGACUCAGUUUUACUGGCAAUACAUGAGAGAGGCAAACUAGGACUAACAAUAAUCCAAACUACUCGCUUGUUUUAUGUUAAACCAAACAGGAAGCUAAGAGGAGAGGAUGUCUGUGGAGGAAAUCUUCCCUCCCCAUCAGAAAAAAUAAUUAUUAUCAUGAAAUAGUUAUUCUAUGAUCAUGAAGACACAUUCAGCCUGAGUGCUGAAACACUAGAAAUGAAACAGUUCUGACAGCCUGUUAAUUAAAGAAACAGAGGAAUUAGUUGUAGUUGAUGUCGGCAUUGCUGACCUCAUCCUGCUGAGGGAACAAAUAACUUCUUUUUGUCGUCGCAAAAACACAAAAAUGAUCCUUUCAUGUUCUCUUCUACUGUCUGUGCUCACCCACUUACACUUUCUCACCCACUUUUCCCUCUCUGUGCCAUUCCCCCUAGUCUGAACGGGUGGAAAAGAGGUUGGACUGCUUCAUCUCCUCUAAAAAUACAUCGCUCUCUCUGUAGAGAGUUAAGAUGAAGACACUGAGUUUCCAAGAACUGCAGCUUUCCCAUUAGGCUCCAAUAAUUCUUCUUCCUCUUCCUCAUUCCUGCGUGUGCUCCCUGCCGUCUGAUUUACUCUCUUAUCCUUCUCUCUUUUAAACCUUGUUCAGAAAUGCUGGAAGAAACAAGAGCUUCGUUCAUUUCCCACUUCUGCUUAAUUAAUUUCGCUGUGUUCCUGUCUUGUCUUGUCUUGCACGUUCAGGAGGUGAAAUGUUUGACUAUUUCCUUUUUUUCUCUGGGAGUAAAAAAAGAAUUGGUUCAGGGUUUGCCUUUCAUGCCAGCCGUCCAUCAGUUUCCCUGCAGAUUAUUCCAAGGCAACAUUCAGAGCUGAAGUUUUUCCGCCCUAAUCUGUGUCUCCCCUCUGUUCCCUUACUUCCUCUCUGUGCGCUGCACGUUUCAAAGCAGAUCUAAUUUGAAAGGGUCAUAAUUUCUGCGAGUAGAUAAAUGAGUAUGCCAGGAGAUAGGGGGGGUGUUGUAUAGAAAUGGGCUCCCUGUCGCAGAGUGAUCCCUCCCGGCCAGACAGAGUCAUUUAACUCUCUCUGAUAUUCUCUCAGCGUGGACUUUUUAAAGCCUUCUUGUCCUCUUCAGAAAGAAAACAGCUCUGUUAAAUGCGCUGGGGGUGAAUUUGUGCGUGUUUGUUGAACAGCAGGUGUGAUGCUCAGUUUGAGUGAAUAAUGGGGGGCGUAGCUGAAUCGACCCUGCUUCCUUCACAGGGUUUUGACACUGUUGGUGCAGUGCCUGAUUGUUUAAAUUCACAGUCAUCAGAGCAAUUUUCCUUUAAAGCCUUGUGGUUAAAUUUCAAUCUUUACAGCUCCAUUUUAAAACGGUUAUUUUUUAAAUCAGAUCCAAAUAACCUUGAAGAAAUAUUUCGGCGUAAAAUUAAUUAAGGGUCAAACACAACGUAACACCGAGUUAGACACCCCCUGGAGAGAUGAAUGCUGCCGACCGCUUGCUUCUCUAGUUUUACCAACUUUAGUAACGACCACAGGAUAGAAAUACACAGCAGUCUGAGGAGCCAUAAACAAACCUCAACCAAAACGCCACUCUAUAGACACAAAUAAUGCUCAGAACAGCACCUAACUUCAUCAACAGGACAUAAAGGGUCACAGCCAUAGUACUAGACACCAAACAUCUUUUUAACUUUGACUGAUUUCUUUAGCAAAGAGACUAAACACAACUUACCCACUCUCUUCCAGCAGCCGCUUGUCUGUAGUAAGACCUCGGGCCAGUCCAUUACAGACAACAGCGGGGUGAAGCAGCUCAUGGAAGAACAUUUAUGAUCAUUUCUUCAUAGAAAUGCAAUCAGACCGAGACUCUAAGGCAGAAGAACUAACGCGUCUGUAAAAUGAUUAAUAUGGUGAUUAUUACUUCAAGGAAUUAUUAAAGUAAUGAUAAUUAUUUGUGGCUAUAGAGUGGCGUUUUGGUUGAGGUUUGUUUAUGGCUCCUCAGACCGCUGUGUAUUGCUAUCGUGCGGUUGUUACUAAAGUUGGUUUAACUAGAGAAGCAAGCAGUCGGUCACAUUCAUCUCUCAAGAGGGCUGUGUGUUUGACCCUGAAUUAAUUUUACACCAGAAUAUCCCUUUAACUCAUCGGUUCAAGUAGAGUUGCUUUCUUAUUGUGACCAGUAUUAGUGUCAGCUUUCAGUAUUACCAAAAAUUCAGUAAGAGAUAUCAAUGAAAAAUCUGGCACCAUAACCACUUGGCCUUCUACAAAUCUCCUUUUUUAUAUAAUUAUAUGGUGAGUGAAAUAAAAAGUGACAGUUUGGUGCGCGCAGAAAGUGGAGUGUCAGUCAAAACCAGCAGGUGGUUUGGUGUAAUGGAGGUAAAAUGGCGUGAAAACAUCUCUAAUACAGAGUCUUCCUUUCAGCCAGUGCAUUAUGAAAAGCAAAAUCACAAUAAGUAAAACAAAUGAAGAGAAAAAAAGGAAUAUUCCAGACAAAUACAGAACUCAGUCAGGAAUCAGAUCUAAGACUAAACCACUUAGACAGCUGCAUUUGCUGUUUUUGUUUUUCAACUGGAUUAGAAAGAAACAAAUAGAGAAAAAUCACCCGAUAGUCAUUCACUCUUUUCUCUUACUUGUAUUUCAAUCAACUAAGUGUUUCAGAGAGUGGACUUAACAUCACCCCAAUGCUAUUACUGGGACCCACUCCAGAUGAGAGGAAACUGUCUCCAGUGCGGCUGGAGUUUUGUAAACAUCACCCCUCUCCAUCUGCAUUAAUCUAAACUGGGAUUAAAAGCCAACUGAAAACUUUGAAACACAGCCUUGAUUGGUUGAGGACUAUUACCCGGCAUUGUAGCAGCUAAGCUCAUAAUCAAGGCGAACACGAUCACAUAAUCUCAAUAUGUCUUUGCACAAAGCGUGCCCACCAACCGCCUAAUCCCUUAGAUUUAGAAUCUCAGAUUAGGAGUCCUGGAUGAUUAAGCCCAUAUUGUGUGUGUGUAUGUUUCCCUACAGGGGACCCUUCGCCGGGUGACCUUCUCGGUAGUCAGCCAGCCCCAGGAUGGCGGUUGCUAUGACAGUGGCCUGGAGGACUCAGAGACGCCGAGCAGCAAGAGCUCAUCAGGGCCGCGGCUGGGAGCCCUGCCCCUGCCAGAGGAGGGCUACGAGCGGACCACACCAGAGGGCAGCGUGGGGGAGGAGGAGCAUGUGGAGAAUGGUGAGAGUAACCACACAAAAAACACAAACACGCACAAAUCAUCCCGCCACAAGGCAAGAAAACUAAUGAGCUCAUUCAGAUUUUCAGUGAAGACGUCCCUCCAAUCAUCUAAAUGAUAACUGACAUAUUUCACCCUUCAAAACUACACAUACCUACACACUUAAUAUUGACAUAUUUUUAUUACACACUCUUUCACUCAAACACACGCAAGCGACAAAGACUUCAGCAACCUUGACUCGCUGUUAAGGUCUCACCUUUUUCUCAGCCAAGCAUAGAGAAUGUUUAAUAGAAUACAGCAGUUGUCCUGUGUAUGUGCGUGCAUGUGUGUGCGUGCAUGUGUGUAGUAUGUCGUACGAGAGCCUCCUUGGUGGCCUUGCCGUAUGUCAGCCGCCCAAAUCUUUCCUUUCACCCACACAGUUGUGUUUUUUUGCCCUAUUCUACCAGUUCUUUUCCAAGGAUUCAGCGAAGCAAAAAGGGUUUUCAUUUAUUCUUUUCCUCUUUUGAAUGUUGACAUGCCAGAGCUGCCGAACAACAGAAGCAAGGUCACUGCAACCUUACUGACUGAUUGUACUUGGCUUGGGUUAAAUGGGUGCCUUUUCAGCAAUAUAUGAAGUCUUGAGGAUUCUGUGGUGUUAAAUCAUUUUUUCUUUCUCGGUCAGAUGGAGAGAGGGAUUUGAACAGAGGAUUCUUUGUGUUGGUUGUAAUUAUGCUGUUUAAUUAUCUGCUUGUUUGGUUUCCAUUCUGUGGCUGUAGGCAGGCAACAAGACGGGAAUUAGUUUGGAAUUAAACAUAAAUAUUACAUUUCUUGUUUUUAAUUUCACGUUAAGAGGAAUUUCAAGGAAUGAGCGCGGAAUAAUUGUAUGUUUUCACUUUCUCACCUGAUGAUUUGUCGUUACCUUUAACUAUCCGGACCGCGGCGCCGUUUUAGUCAUUUGCAGGGACCUCACAUCAACCUCAUCUAUCAUCAUUAGAAGACCUGUCCCCACUUAUUAAAAUGUCACUAUUGAUUCAUAAAUGAGUGCUCUUCAUAGAUAAUAUCCAUGACCUUUGACCUCAGUUCAUGUAAGACAUCAGCUUCCAGUCCCAGGAGGCCUCACUAACCUUAUGACCCAACAUUCAUGGGCUGAUAUAUUUAGUAUUUUCCCUGCAUGUAACAGCAAUUUUCAACCAAAUUUGUGACGAUGAUCUUAAUUUUGGCGAUGCAUGUUGUGUGUUGUGACCUCACCUCUCACCUCUUGUGAAAUGCUGAGAGCGUGUAGUGUGUGUGAAGUUUUUUGAGCGUGUUCUUCUGCAGUCAGCACUUUCUGUUUUGCUUUAACAGCGAUUUUCAUGCCUUCUCUGCCGUUCUCAUUUUCUUUCCCCUCCCUUCUAACCUUUUGUCCCACAUUUCUAAAUCCAUUUUUCUUUUUUACUGAAUGGUGAAAGGCUUCAUUUCAUGCGUGUGCUUUUUUUUUUUCAAACUUUCAAAGGAUGCAAAAUGACAGGAAAUGUAAUAUUUCUCGUAUUUUUUUCUGCUUAUCCAGACGCCAGGCAGCUGCCGGACGUCGCUCUGACAGGAAAGUGCACCAGGGAGUGUGAUGAGUUCGGCCACUCAGACACCUGUUGGAUGCCUGUUCAUCGCUCACCUCGACGCCAGCGCCAUGGCAGCGACCCCCCGCGGCUUUCUACCUUCGCCCCGGGAGACGACAACAACAAUCUCCGCGGUAAUGACCACGAGAGUGACAGCGAGAGUGCCGGCAGCGCGGGGAGCUCCGAACCGGGGGUGGUGAGCGGAGAGGCUCAGAGGUUACCCUUAGCCAACGGGGAUCCUCUCGGCACCCUGGGGAGGGGAGACCGCAACAGGAACAUGGGCGAUCACAACCGUAACCUUCUGAACCGCAAGAUGACUUCGGCGUCCUACGACACAUUCAGCAGCGCAGGCUUUGGGAGGCGCCAGCCUGAGGAGGAUGGAGGAGAGGGCCAGAACCCACCAGAGGUCAUACCACUGACGCGGACAGGAGGGGACUACAAGACCGCAUCCUGCCUCACGUUGUCGCGCCGCGAGGUCUACCUGUGA